AGAAACCCCCAACCCCACCUUUUCUUCUCCCUGGCAUCCGUUUGACGCCACCAUUUCUCCUCUCUGCCACUCCCACUCUCCGAAGCCUAUUCCCCUUCUAUCCCUCUCUCCGCCCCCCACUAAAAUCACCUGAAAAUCCUUCCUUUCCUUCCCAUUCGAAGUGAAAUACCCAAAGGUCGAAUCUUUCGAUCUAAAGCCGCCAUUUUCCCUCCCGAUUUCCCCCAUUUUUUGGGCUAUCCGGCCCAGAUCCUUGUGAGAGAUGUGGUGGGAGAGCGUGCACUUCAACGCGAGGCCUAAGGAGACGCCGGACGGGAGGAGAACUCUGGGGAGGAAUGGGGGGAUCUGGGGCCCUGGGUCCCGGUGGGGUCACACCUGCAACGCCGUCAAGGGGGGAAGGUACCUCUACGUCUUCGGAGGCUACGGCAGCAGCAAGUGCCAUACCAACGAAGUUCACGUUUUCGACACUGUUAAGCAGACUUGGAGCAAACCAAUGAUGAAAGGUGUUCCGCCCUCUCCAAGGGACAGCCAUACCUGCACUACUGUUGGGAACAUGCUAUUUAUCUUUGGGGGUACUGAUGGGAAGAGCCCAUUAAAUGACUUGCAUAUGUUAGACACCUUGUCUAAUACAUGGUUACAGCCAACCGUACAUGGCAAGGGACCGGAUGCACGUGAGGGGCAUAGUGCUGUACUUGUCGACAAGCGACUCUUCAUAUUUGGAGGCUGUGGGGAGUCUAGCGAUACUCAUAAACCAUUAUAUUACAAUGAUCUUUACAUACUGGACACAGAAAAAUUAAGCUGGGAACAUGCUGUGACAUCUGGCACACCACCAUCGGCCCGUGAUUGUCAUAGCUGCUCAUUUUGGAAUAACAAGAUUAUAGUGAUUGCCGGUGAAGAUUCUUCAGAUUGCUAUUUAUCUGAUGUUCACAUACUUGAUGCAGAAACUCUUGCGUGGGAAAAAAUGAGUACUUCAGGGAUCCUUCCACAUCGUGCUGGGCAUACAAGUGUGGCCAUUGGAAGCAAUAUAUUUGUAUUUGGGGGUUUUACAGAUGCUAGAAACCUUUAUGAUGACCUACAUGUACUGGAUGUUGAUAGUCGUAGUUGGAGGAGAGUUGUACCUGUGAACCAGGGGCCCUCUUCCCGUUUUUCAGUAGCUGGUGACUGUGUGGAUGAACGGAGGGGCAUAAUUGUUUUCAUAGGUGGUUGCAAUCAAACUCUUGAGGCACUUGAUGACAUGUAUUAUCUUCAUACAGAUAUGCCAGUGGUAAAUGGACUAUUGGAACAUACUCGGGAGAAAAUCUCCAUUAGGAGAGAGUUAAAGAAAAAGUGCCAGGAAGAAUAUCAUCCUGCUGAAAGUUUUGGGAAGGAUAAUGGUGUCCUCAAGCUUGGGACGAUGUCUGAUUCAUCCCAGCCUGCACGUUUGCAGGAUUGCAGUCAGGCAGGAACAAGAGCAUGUGAUUCCAGGCCUCCUGAAGAGGUUACAUUUGAAGCUACAAUUACAAAUUCAAAUCCAUAUGGCCAUGCAAUUGAAACAACCAUUGAUGGAAAAUUGCUUCAUGGCAUGCUAUUCUGCUGUACAUCAAGCUUUAUCCUGGAUAAGUAUGAUUACCCCAACAAGAGGAUGGCCACAGAUGGCGGAGAUGCUAGACAGAAUGUGUACCAACCCUUCAUGAAUACCAAUAUAGCCAUCCAUGCAGAAACGCGAAGCUUGGAGAAGGGGCGACGCAGGGGUGUUUAUGGCAGAAAAUCAACAUCACAAGAGUUGCCUAGGGGAACUCUUGCAUCAAAGUUGACUAGCUCAACUCCUGUCGCUGUUGUUCAGCCAAAUAUGGCCUUAAUCAAUGUGGAGCCGCCAUCACUUCCACAUGCAAAUCAGAAGAAUGUUGGAACUCCAGAUGAUCCACAAAAACUGAGUGAUGAAAAAUCAUGCGCGAAGGCAUCUGCCAAUGUUGAAGAAACCCUACCCUCGUCAGCAAGCCAGGUAAUGGAUACCGAAGAGGAUCAUCGGUCGAGCAAUGGACAUCAUCAAGAAUCAAUAUGAAAUGUAAAAAUAAUGCCUCCGGUAACCGAACAAGCUUUAGAAGGAGGUUGAGCAAGGGGCGGCCUUUUUGGGAGGGAAUAGCAAUUCCUUCGAUGCUAGCAGAGUGAAUGACUUAAAUAUUGUGCAACCACUCUGUGCAGCCCUGCCUGAAGUCUUUAUCUACAGGUCAUGUUGUAUAGGCUUGGCCUUUUAUUGCUCUCCUCUGUUGUUAUGCAUCCUUUUUUCGCCAUCCUGUUGUUAUGAAUGUUCAAACAUGACUAUAUAAAUUAUACAAAACAUUCUUACAUAACAAA